UGAUUUUGCUUCUGUGGUCUAAGAGAGACUCCUUGGCAUUUAUUUUCAGAAAUCAAACGAGAGCAUCCUCUUGCUGUUCAUCUUAAUAUAAACAUAUUGUCUUAGUAACCUUAAUCAACAGCCUAAUAAUCUCUUCAUGGUUAGGGGGUGACAAAAAUCAAAGCAAAUGGCACAUUAUUUAGUGUUGGGCAUUUGUCACUUUAGAAGGACCACUGUAACUUCUUGGGAUGCAGCUGACAGUGUUCUUUCCCCUCUUCUUAUGCCACGUGAUUGACAGAAAUCCAGUAGCCCCAGCACCAGAUCCACGUCUACCACCCCAGAGCUGCCUUCUGCUCCCCCCAACUCCAGUUCGAGGUGGACAGAAAGCUGUUGUGAGCAGAAAAACCAACAUGCACAUAUUUAUUGAGUCCGGGCUUCGGCUGCUGCAUCUGAGUCUGAAGACUUCGAAGAUCAAGUCUUCAAGUGAACAUGUCCUGGAAAUGCUGGAUCCUUUUGUAUCUCUCCUCAUAGACUGCUUGGGCUCCAUGGAUGUGAAGGUGAUCACAGGUGCUUUACAAUGCCUGAUUUGGGUCUUGAGGUUCCCGCUGCCUUCCAUAGAAACAAAAGCAGAGCAGCUGACAAAACACCUCUUCCUUCUGCUGAAGGACUAUGCAAAGCUCGGGGCUGCCAGGGGCCAGAACUUCCACCUGGUGGUUAAUUGUUUCAAGUGUGUGACCAUACUUGUCAAGAAAGUCAAGUCUUACCAGAUAACUGAAAAACAGCUCCAAGUUCUACUGGCCUAUGCUGAGGAGGACAUUUAUGAUACUUCAAGACAAGCCACGGCCUUUGGUCUUCUGAAGGCAAUUUUAUCAAGAAAGCUGUUGGUCCCAGAAAUCGAUGAUGUCAUGCGGAAAGUAUCCAAGUUGGCAGUCUCUGCACAAAGUGAACCUGCCAGAGUCCAGUGCCGACAGGUUUUUCUGAAAUAUAUUCUUGACUAUCCCCUGGGUGACAAAUUGAGACCAAACUUGGAAUUCAUGCUCGCUCAACUGAAUUAUGAACACGAGACCGGGAGAGAGUCCACCUUGGAGAUGAUCGCCUAUCUCUUUGACAUGUUCCCUCAGGGGCUGCUCCAUGAGAACUGCGGAAUGUUCUUUAUCCCUCUUUGUCUAAUGACAGUCAAUGAUGACUCUGCCACGUGCAAAAAGAUGGCAUCCAUGACAAUCAAGUCCCUACUUAGUAAAAUCAGCCUCGAGAAAAAAGAUUGGCUGUUUGACAUGGUUACCACUUGGUUUGGAGCAAAAAAGCGCUUAAAUAGACAGCUUGCUGCCCUGAUCUGUGGCUUGUUUGUGGAAAGUGAAGGAGUUGAUUUUGAGAAAAGACUUGGAACUGUCCUUCCUACGAUUGAAAAGGAAAUUGAUCCUGAACACUUUAAAGAUAUCAUGGAAGAAACUGAAGAAAAAGCUGCCGAUCGCCUUCUGUUUAGUUUUCUUACACUGAUAACUAAACUUAUCAAGGAAUGUAAUAUUAUUCACUUUACUAGACCUGCUGAGACUUUGAGUAAAAUCUGGAGUAAGUAUUUUUUUCAAAUUUUACUUUAAGUUCUGGGGCACAUGUGCUGAUCUUGCAG